AUGGAGCCCCUGGGGGAUGCAGAGAUCUACGGAGAUGCAGAAAUCCAUGGGGAUGCAGAGAUCCAUGGAGAUGCAGAGGUCCAUGGGGAUGCAGAGAUCCAUGGAGAUGCAGAGGUCCAUGGGGAUGCAGAGAUCCAUGGGGAUGCAGAGAUCCAUGGAGAUGCAGAGGUCCAUGGAGAUGCAGAGGUCCAUGGGGAUGCAGAGAUCCAUGGGGAUGCAGAGAUCCAUGGAGAUGCAGAGGUCCAUGGAGAUGCAGAGGUCCAUGUUGAUGCAGAGGUCCAUGGAGAUGCAGAGGUCCAUGUUGAUGCAGAGGUCCAUGGGGAUGCAGAGGUCCAUGGAGAUGCAGAGGUCCAUGGGGAUGCAGAGAUCCAUGGGGAUGCAGAGAUCCAUGGAGAUGCAGAGGUCCAUGGGGAUGCAGAGGUCCGUGGAGAUGCAGAGGUCCAUGGGGAUGCAGAGAUCCGUGGAGAUGCAGAGGUCCAUGGGGAUGCAGAGAUCCGUGGAGAUGCAGAGGUCCAUGGGGAUGCAGAGAUCCAUGGGGAUGCAGAGAUCCAUGGAGAUGCAGAGGUCCGUGGAGAUGCAGAGGUCCGUGGAGAUGCAGAGGUCCAUGGGGAUGCAGAGAUCCAUGGAGAUGCAGAGGUCCAUGUUGAUGCAGAGGUCCAUGGGGAUGCAGAGGUCCGUGGGGAUGCAGAAGUCCAUCCCAGCCCGUGGGGAAGGUGCCCAUCCCAUGCUGGAGCAGGUGGAUGCCUGGAGGAGGCUGUGACCCAUUGGGUGACCCGGGGGACAGAGGGCCCUGCUCCCAGGCUGGAGCAGCCUGUCCUUGGAGGACUGCAGCCCAAGGAAGGAGAAAGCCAGGUCCCAGCAGUUUUGAGAGGGACUCACAUUGCAGCAGGUGCAGUGUGA